GCUUAUUUAUCGAAAAUGUUUAAGUCUAUUCUUGCCCAGGCUUUACGUUGCAGCUCAAAUGCACAACUUCCUCAUGGACAGCAGGUAACUAAUGUAACGAAGGUUUGGGUCGCUCCACUGCCUGAGGUUUCUAAAUGGAUAGUACCGAUUCAGAUGCACUACAUUGAAAAUGGAAAAUUAAAGAUUCAAGACAUAGUUAAAGUAAAAGAUAGCGUAUCUGUAGUCUUGUACAAUAUUUCAAGGCAGAAGCUUAUUUUUGUACGUCAAUUUCGGCCAGCAGUAUACCAUGGCUUAAUAAUGGGCAACACUCGUAAUUUACAUAAGGAAGACAUUGACUUAAUACGUUUUCCGUAUGAAUUGGGCAUCACAUUGGAAUCUUGUGCGGGUGUGGUGGAUAAGGAUAAAAGCUUGGCGGAAAUAGCUAAAGAUGAGGUGUUCGAAGAAUGUGGCUAUAAUGUGCCCGUUGACAAAUUGGAACAUGUAUUUGAAUACCGACCCAGUGUUGGUGCAUCUAGCAGUGCCCAUAAUUUGUACUACUGUGAAGUUUGCGAUGAGGAAAAAGUGUCUGAUGGCGGCGGCAUUGAUAAUGAGGUCAUUCAGGUUGUAGAGCUGUCAAUUGAUGAAGCCAGAAAUUUUGUAAAAGAGGGCUCAUCAAUAAAUAGCGGUCCGACAACUAUAGCAGGCACACUGUGGUUUCUGGCCAACAAGAUUUAAGCUGAAAUU